UCCUGGAACAAACAAAACAAAACAAAUGACAGCUGACCAGCGGCUGGACAUGUCAUGACAUUCGCGUCGACGGCUUGAUGUCGUAUUUAGACAAUGUGAACAACAACAUGGAGAACACAGAGCCGAAGGGAUGACAUUAUUAGGUGGAAACACAGCGUAACAGUUGAUCUCUUCCACCAGUAGAGACUUCAGUCGGUCGUGUGACACUUGCCAUCAGAGCUGUGUUUGAACUAAUGUGAUCAGGCACUUAAAAUGGAGGCUGUGAGACCAAAGAAGCCCAAAACAAAAACCAGCGGAAAAUCUCAGCUGGUUAAGAAGCAAAAGCAGGCUGAAGAGGACAAAAGAGCAACAGCUUCCCCAGCUAUCUGUGAUGAGGCCUCCAGCUCUUGUUUCACAGACAUUCCCCUCAGUAUGCCUGAUGUUCCUCCUCAGGCCGAGGGGGUCCCCAUUCAAACCUCUGAGACCACAGAACAGCCAUCACGACUGGCCUCUGAGAAACAAAAGACUUCCACAGCACAAACUAUAUUUGUAUCAGAGUUAAGUGAGACUCUGCAAUCGAAUCUACAUUUGUCUAUGGUCCAUCUAACAGAGUCAAAUAAGGAUGAAGAGGAGCAUGAUAGUGUGGAAGUGCAGGGGACUAAGCUUAAAGUUCCACCACAAAUCACAGAUUUGGAAAAAGACACGCAGUCAUGGAACCUUGUUUCUAAACAGUUUGAGGUCCCAAGCGCUCCUGCAUUGUACCCAUCUCUCCCUACAUUAGAGGAGUGUUCUGUGGCACAGUUCUGUGAUGAAGAUGUGAAAAGCUGUGAAAAAGGACCUGCAGUGUUGGCGCUUCCUGAGCAGGAGUCUUCUCCUCCGAGUUUGCAGCCUCUGGAGUCCAUCGCUGAGCUCUCAAGGAGCAAACUGUAUCCAGAGUUACCCAAAACAGCUCCAGAGAUGCAGGCGUUUUCACUAGAGCAGCUAAACACUUGGGAACCAGGAGGAGGGUUGCGAGCAUGGCUGGAAGGUGUUGAGAUUUGUGCUGCCCAGUUCUGUGCUCUGGCCCGGCAGGAGAACCAUGAAUUGACGGAAUUGUUGCAGAACUACUGGCGCUGUCGCAGACAGCUGACCCAGUCGCACACCCAGCUGCACACACAGUCCUCUGACUGUAAGAGCACACAGAAUCGCCUCUGGAGCUUCAAAGAAGAGCAACUCACACUUCAGGGUGUUUGUGCAGACCAGUCUAAGGUCUGUGGAUACCAUCGCUUCCAGCAAGCAGAGUUUAGUCAGUCUGUUCUGGCUGAGCUGCGGAAACUGCUUGAGGCUUGCAGUGAGCUGCUCCAUCAGAAGGUGGUGUUGCAUGCAUACACUGCUCUGCUGUCACGCCUGCAGGUGGAAUCCUACUUAUAUCGACUCCUAAAAGAAUGCUCUGGCAGCCAAACACAACCUGUCUCUCUCCAACCUCUGAAAGAGGCCAUCAGUGUCUUGUUUAGUUUUACACGUAGAGUCCUUGAUGAUGCACAGUUCCAGACAGAUAUCCAUCACUGGCUGGAAAGAUUGGUUGCUGUCUUGUUGCACGUUGGAGGGUCAGGGGAGCACCUGUAUUUGCUCUGCCAUCUUUUAUGCUGUUCUUCUGGGGUGGGAAAGUGGGCUGCACCCUUCCUUCAGAUUCAAGUUUGGGGGAACACCUCUGGAGUACAACAUUUUAUGCAAGCGUUAGCUAUCUUAAUGUCCCCUGCCAGACACCGUGCAGAGUUUCUGUGUCAUAUGAAGCCAUGUGAGAGCCAAAGCUCAACAUCUUCUGGACCUGAGUCUGGAAACUGGACCCUCGUUGAUGAAGGUGGAGAGGAGGAUGAGGACCCAGAGAGCAGCUGGUUGUUGCUCUGUGAGGAUGAUCUGAUCUCCCUGCUGACACAGUUCCCAUUUCAGCAGCUCUACUCACACAUGCUGGGAAUGAGCAAGCAGGGUGUGUAUGAGCCCCAGGCCUGCUCCAGUCAGAAGAUGAUGCGUGUGUUUGCUUUUGCUUCCUCACUCAAUGAAAUUCUCGCUCUUGGCCUGCAAACCUAUAACAGAGCGCGAUACAGACAGCUGGUCAAACGAAUAGGACGCAUCAUACGAAUGACAGUAUGCUAUGUCAGUGAUCACUGGGCCCAGUAUGUGAGUGUAAUUGAUGGAUCCAGCUCUCACGUACACUCUCUGUCUCUGGAGAAGCUGCAGGUGGAAUAUGAUAAUCUCUUCCUCAGAGCUGUUUUACAUGUUCUUAGAAACAAAAGGUUGGGCAUUUGGUUGUUUAUGUCUGAGAUGCCAUACGGGACUUUGUCCAGCUCUAUGCUGUGGAAGGUCCUUUAUGUUAUGCAGUGUGCAGAGACAGCAGGACUGGAAACACUCAGCAAUCCUGGUGACACACAAUCCUGCAUUCAGGCUCUCAGAGACUCUAAGCAUCAGGAGAGAUUUGAACAAUGGUUGUGUGAGGUGAACAGCUCUGAUGGCAUCUCCCUUCUCACUGCCCUGGCUCACAUGGCGACACCUACUCAGCACUCUGACCCAGCAUUCAUCACCACCAUAACCCUGCUGAUUUACCAAGUGUCUUAUGUUAGUGUGUCUACCAGAGAAAUUUACUCCAAGGUAGGGAGGGAGCUGCUGGCUGUUAUAGCUUCAGCUCAUCCCUAUGUUAUCUCUGUGCUCCUGGAGAGACUGAGAGAGACCAUACAGACUGUAGGAAUGGUGGCACUGUACUUAUGUAAAGAGCUGCCUCUGAGUCUGUGGCGGCCGCGGACGGACGAAAUAUGUGUGAUUGGAGUCUGGCUGCUCCAGCACCCCCUGUCUGCAGUGGAGAACCGGUUAGCCUGUGUUAUCCUGGAGGGCCUGAACUGGGGUUACACACAGGAUGGGUCAUUGGCCCUGUCAUCAUUUCUCCACAGUGAGGUGGCUUUGCUGGUGGCUGAAGCCUAUCAGAAGUACCUUACAGACAAACCGUAUAGUGGCCUCAUAUCAGAGGGAAUCAAGCAGGUGUCAUAUCUUGCUAGUGUUCUGCGUUUGGGUGUAUCUCCUGAAGCCUCCUUUAGCCAGUGGGCAUGGCAACUCUUGCUAAGGCUUAAACUUCAUGGCAAUGCCCAGAACCCCAAAGGGGCCUGGGCAGUGCCUGCUUUGGCAUCAAACCCUCCUCCAGAGCUCACACAUGCACCUAGCAUGCACUCUGUUCUCAGGGCUGUAAAAGCAGGCAUUCCUAUUGGAUGCUACCUGUCCAUUGCCAUGACAACAGUGGGACAUAGCCUGGAAAACUUUUGUACUGAUGGUGUUGGGUUGUUAAAAAACUUGAUUCAGUCUCGCCACCUGAGAGCUGCUGUUCAUCUGUUGGAUAACAUCCUACCUCCAACCUAUCCUCUGAGCUUUUACCUGCUUAACAAUGCUCAGUUUGUAAGUUGUAUCCAGUUGUUUCUGCAGUAUGACAGUGUGUGUCCUCAAGGUGUGACGCAGCAGGUCACACAUAGAGUAGCACCGCUCUUCACCGGAACCAGCUAUGGAGAUAAUGUCCGUCUCCUGAACAGUGUCAUUCAGAGUCACAUCAUUGAAAGCUCACGGCCUGGUCGUGUUGGAGCUGUAGCAGUGCUGGAGUUUUGGGUGGGAAUUCUGACUCAGCAAAACUUGUGGUAUCGAGACAAAACUGUCCUGUUCCUGAUGGAUCAGAUCUGCUGUACUGCCUUCACUCACCACCAGGAGGAAUGUGUGCAGAAACUCCUAUACCAACAGCACAAGAAUGCUUUGGGUUACCAUGGCGAUCGUGGUCUGCUAUCCUCUCUGGUUGGUUGGAUUGCUGGAAAUGCAACGCCAUCUUUCGUAGAGGGUCUAUCUCUGAGUGCAGAGGUUUGGUUUGCCUGGCUGGUGCUGAAUAUGGAGGGCAUGUUUGAAGAAGAUUCUCAGUUGAGACGCUGUGUUGAGCAUGAGCUCCUUUCCGAUUCCAACAUCUCCCCAGAUCAAGCCCUAAAGAAGGUGCAACAGAGGCUGAAGUUGCCAGUAGCCCCAUCUCUGCAACGGCUGCAGGUGUAUCGCUGGGCAUGUCAGGCCAUAGCCACACCACCUGACCACCCCCUCCUUCCCCUCAUCUGGCAGAAGUUCCUGCAGCUCUAUCUCAGACAGCCAGGACCUGAGUAUGGGCUAGUUGCAGGAGGUUGUAUUGGCCAAAGGUUCUUCCAGGCUUCUUCUCAGGCCACUUUACUUAAAGAUUUGAGGCAGAGAAUACAAGAGGUGUCUGACUUCCACCACGCUGCCAGCCAGGCACUCAGAGUGCCCCCACCGCACACACCCUCAUCAGAUACCCAGAGCGAUGAAAGCCCCAAUAAUGCCAGGCCACCUUGCCUCACCUCUCCUCAGCUCCACACUGAGCUGGUGAGGUUGUUUGGUGUGUUUGCUUUGUGGUUGGAUGAUGAGAGUCUUCAGAAGCAGGAAGUGUACCUUCCCUCUCUUCCUCCAGAGUAUGAACCUCACAGGCUGGCACAGGUCAUGCAGCGGCAAACAGAGCUGUGGCUGGAGUAUGUGGACCAGGAGCGUCUGCAGUAUGAUGAGAUGGAGGUUUUAUCUCUGUGGGAGAAGGUGCAGAGUGAGCCAACAUUCCUACAGACCCAGAACCUGGGCUUCACUGACUAUACCAGCCUCAGCAAUGCAAGAGAGCGUAUCCUGUCCAAUCUUCAGAAGCAUCCGAUUCCCCUGCCCCCUCCUGAGCUGCAGCAGCACAAGGCUCCUGUGGCUGAAGUUCCCACCACCUGUCUCGUUGACUCUAAAGCUGCCACUGAGCUGUUAAAGCAUGACCUCAGCAUUUUGCAAGAGCAGGCCAGGCUUGCAGUCGCACGUGAAGCCCAGCAGGUGGCGAUGGAACAAGAGCUACUUGAGAGUCUUCCAUUGCUCUUUAAAAACAGACCAGAACAAGUCAGCAUGGCCCUGGAAUGUAAAGGAAAGGGAGGACAGCCAUGUCAAGGGCCUGCAAACAUCACAGUCACGUGUGAGCGUGUCCAGAGACAGGAGGCAGUGCACAACCAGAUAACAUUACUGCGCAGGGAUAUCAAGAAGCUUCAAACUGAUGCUAUGGCACCUCCACCUCAAAGCCUGGCCCAGGCUGCUGUCCACACUGAGAACUUCAUCACGGCUCUUGUGAAUAUGUACAAAGCCCAGAAAUCUCUGGCAGUGCAGCAAGUUGGUGUGUCGGCCUUUUAUCGAGUGGUCUCUUUUGUGUGUGAGGACAUGCUGCGACAUCCCCCAACACGGCAGUUUCUCUCAUCAUGUGUGGAGAUACUAGGACAGGUGUUUAUACAAGGAAAUGCACAGGAGUGUGGUCUUGUCUUAAAGACAAUCCUGGAGGAGAGGCGCCUUUGUCCUCUCAUUUCCCCGUUCUUCACACCCAGUGCAGCACCUGAGCAGCUCGUCUCUCUCUACCAAGACGUGGUGACAUCCCUCCACCUUGACAGUGCUGAUGUCAUCUUCAUGCUGCUCACUAAGUUUGAUUUGUCCCAGUGGCUGAAUGAAGCCCAUCCUGUAUUUUCGGAGAGGACUCGUUUACUGGAAUUGGUUCAUGGAGCUCUGUGUGUCUGCGGGCGAGACCCCGAGUCUGAACUUCUCAUGCCUUUUCAUCUCUUCACCAAACACUGGACCUGGCUUUUAAGGCACCAUUUCCCAGACCACUACAGUGAUUGCUUACGCCUGCUCAUGACCAGUUCAUCAAACCAGCUGCUGAGUCCAGAGUGCUGGAAAGUGACCUUGCGAGUUCUAGGCUGCUUACCUCCGUCCCGCAGCACUAAGAGCAAAAUUGAACAUUCCCCCAGCAAUGCUGUGGGACCCCCGGCCUCUCCUUACAGAUCCCCCAUAAGCCUCUCUCCUCAGCAGGUGGAUGAGACUGUUGACUGGCUGAGUGAUUUCUUUUUGCGAAGUCGUCUUAAUAAGCAAGACCUCCGGAGCUUUGGCCUCUAUUCUGCCUGGACUCCCUACAUCAAUGAUGUUGUUUCCUUCUGGGAACAUUUGAUUGGUUGCUUAAUAAAUGUGCAGCUCAGCAACUGUGCCAGAGAGCCAGUGGGCAGUAGCAAAAUAAUGAAAGCUCUGCAGGACCUACACAGCAAGCUUGUGAAGUUAUUUAAGCCAUGGAUCUUUCCUCUAGACACUGCUGAUGGCGGUAACAUCAAGUGUUACCCCUGGCUGGAGACAGAUGCAAGUGCAGCAGGAUGUCUGGUUGGUCUGUAUGCUCAACUUACUGACACACUUCAUCACAAAUUUCGAGAUCGUCUGCUGCCUGGUCAAAGAGAAGCUCUGUGGCUGUGUAUGAUGCAGUACUGUGAGAGCUGCACCUCUCCUCGCACACCUGAGUACCUGCUGUACCUGUACCACACACACCUCCGCAGUUUGCCCUGGAGACACCUGCACCCUGAUACUCAGCUCAUGGAGCAGUUUUUCAAAGUAGAGAGAGGAAGUCCCAAGAACUGCUUCCUCUUUGUGGGGGAGCUGUUAUGUGAAGUCAACUGGGUCAGUGUCUUAAGUGACCAUUUACAAACACCUCCCACCUCUACAACAUAUCCAACUCUACCAGACAUGGGUGUGCAGAAGGAGACACAGACCAUGCUUGUUUAUCUGCUAUACAUGCUUGUUUUCUUGACAAAAGAGGAACAACUUCUCAGUCAACAGGACUCCCCUCUGCUCAGUCUGCUGGUUCAGUCCACCUCUCUGCCCUGGCACCAACUGGACCUGUCUUCAUACCAGAGCAUUUUGGGAUAUGUUAGCACCCAUUAUCCUCCAUCUGUACUGCUCAGUGCUGAUUCUGCACCUCAGCUGCUGUUGAAAUUACUCCGUAGUGCUGCAGGGCUCCACCCUCGCCCCAGUGAAGCUCCACACCAGGAGGAAACGCUCAAAGCCGGAGCCUACUUGCGCUGGUGUGUACAGUCGCUGGUGACAUUAGAACAAGGAGGAAGCAUUAACCUGAGCAGCCUUGAGGCUCAGUUGGAGGCACAUUUGGAGGGCGUUGUCACAUUUAACCCACCAGAAGUGGGUUUGGAGCAGAGGCACAUGGCCUUCUGUAGUCUCUUCAGUGAUACGCUGACUCUGCUCAAUGGAGUGGGCGUUUCAACUGGUGAGGCGCUCGCUGCUCGCGUCAUAACCUGGCUGGACAGGAAGGGAAGGGGCUUUCCCAUUCUGCCUCUUCUCACUGCCUGCUCCCGUUGCCUUGCAUCAGUGCGACAUAUGACACAUAUCAUGGAGGCAUGCAUCACAGCAUACUUUAACCAUGCUGAGGAGGAGUCUGUAGGUUGGGGUCCUGUGUUGGCAUCUCUGCAGGUGCCUGAGCUUACAGUGGAUGACUUCCUCUCUGAGAGCCAAUCAGGAGGCAGCUUCCUGACGCUUUAUGCCUUCAUCUUGCAGCGGCUCAACACUGAAUAUACAGCAGCCAAUGAAAAGAGGACAUUGGCUCUCAUUAACACAUGGACUAUGCAGGUCUUCCCCAGUGGUCCAGGUGAUGAAGCCAAACUGUUCCUUUGGUGGCACAAAGCACUGAAUCUCUCUGUGGAGCAGCUGCAGCCACAGGCAGGCCAGAACGAGGUUUCAGGAGUCGUCAUGGGGCUGAUGAGAUUGCAAACCCGGCUGCUUCAGCUUGGAGAAGAAAGAUUAAAUUCUGGGCUGCUGGGAGCUAUAGGCCUCGGGAAGAGGUCUCCUGUUUCUAAUAGGUUUAGGGUGGUGGUUCGCAGUCUGGCAGCAUUUCUGUGCAUUCAAGUGCCCUCAGAGACGGAGAUUAGACUCCAACCAACCACUGACUUUCAACUCUCUGCAAAAGCGCAACAAACGUUGGGAAUUCUGGAGGCCAUGCCCAGCAGUAAGCAGUAUGCUGACUUUGAGGACUCUGUGAAUAAGGCUGUCCAGUUCAUCCGAUACCCAGGACAUUGUCUCAAAGAUGGACCCCGACUGAUGGCUCUUCUAGUCAACUUUCUAUACCCAGACGUCCGAUACCUACAAGUGAUGCGUUAGCCUUGAUUUAUACUGGCAAAUGCUGAAUACUUGGAGGAUGUUGCACUCCUGUGGCAAAUAGGGACAGUAAAUAUCUGCUCUGCACAGGCCAAAUCUUACUGGAGCACAAGAUUUUCAAGUAUUGACAAAAGUACUGAAUCACCUUUGUUAUUAAAUCAAUGAGGGCUCUACAUGGCAGAAACUGACAUUAUACCAUUUUGGUUUGUGAUGGUUCAUGAAACCAGUCAGAAGUACAAAAAUCUUUUAUGCUAAUCUCUUGACAUUUUUAGCACUUUAUUUUCUUCUAUUAUGUUUAUGCCUUGUUGCUUUUGAAAUACCUUGCCUGAUGAUUUUCAACAUGUUUAAAUCACGAUUUGAAAGGGUGAUGCAUAUAUUUAUUGAAGCAGAAUAUGUGAAUCAGACUUCAUCACUGGGCUAUUGGUGUGAGCUACACAUCGGCAUGUGGAAUCUAGCAGAAAGAUUAUUUGGAAGAAGCUCAAGGAUAAAUCUAAUAGGCCUAAGUUCAGUAGUAUUUUCUUGGUGGUGUGGGGGGGGGGGUGCCAAGACAGCUGGUGGACAGCGGUAAUUGCCUGAUACAACUCGCUACAAUCAGCUUUGUCUCAAUACUUGGUACCAUUCUUGGUACUAUAUACAUGCAGCAGUUGUGUUUAGUAACAAAACAUUUGCAAGUGUUAUUUUUGUUAAGCCAAAAGUGCUCUCCUUGUUUUUUGCCAAAGAAAUGUUAUUUUCUUCAGCUCCACUACUUCUUUAAACCAUCAGGACCAUGAGCUCUGUUUUUUUUUUUUUUAUCCGACUCUGUAAUGUCCAAAACCUGCAGUGUGAAAAGCACACACACCAAGUACGCAAUGUGCCACACCACUUGGCUUCCUUAUAAAGUAGUAUGUGCAGUUCAUCCGAUAUUCAGAUGGCUAAUGCGGCUGGUAUUUCUCAGCAGUAAUGCUGUUAAAGCUUGUUCAGCCUCAGAUUAUGGACUUUAUACACCUGUUUAAGAAUAAAUACAGAUUUAAGUCUGGACCCACUGUACAUCUGUGACAGUUUUAAGGUUUCAUUACCCUCAUCAGUUCAUCACUUCUGUUACUCUGUGCCAUCUCAGUCGAGCUGCACUUCAGCAGCCUGGAGGUUGCCUUAUUGUUGGUGUUAUGUGGCUGCUGUUAAUAACAAACGCAUUUCUUCUUUCUUUUUAUGAGUCACUCAUCAGGAAUGGGUCUUUAGAGCUGUUUGGGGGUUGGGAAGGAGGGAGCUACAAAGCCAAGACAAUAAAGUGGAAUGAAUGUUUCAA